GUGGGACCCUUGGGGCCACCGACGUCCUCAGAAUGGCCAUCUGCCCCCAUGCCCUCUCUGGGUGGUAUAAUCAGUGGCCGAAGCCACCCUGCAUCAUCCAAGGUUUCUCCCUGAGACAUCCACGAGACGGUGGUCCCCAAGGGCAGGAGGGAUGGAGUGCCUGCGUCCUGGGUGGGGGGUCUCACACUCCAUGAUGACAGCCCCACGCGUGGGGCUCACCAGAAUUAAGGUAUUUUCCCCUGUCUUUGCAACAACAUGGGUUUGACAGAUCGCAUAUGGCGUGGGGCGGGGGGGGCUGUGUCACCUGAAAUUCUGGGUUAAUCGUCCUAUUCACAACAGCUCUUACUUUUUGUUUUCAUUCCUUGGGGAAAGCAACUCUGCUCCAAAGGUCUGUUGUCCUUUGCUGCCGACCUUUAGACUGCAGUGGCCUUUGAUAGUAAACAACAAGCACCUCUCCAGUCCCCCCAGAGUGAGAAAGCCUGGGCAGGGAGCAUGCAAUUAUAUACACUUGUUAACCAGAUGAACAGGAGUGCAUGGGAGAAAGGACCUCUGGUGAAAACCUGGAUGGAAAAAGGGCUUGGUUUUGGGAAGUGUGGGGUUUUUUGCAUCUAGCCCACCCACUGUGUGCUCAAAACACAUCUGGCAUCAUGAUUCCCUAAAGCCACGGUGCAGGAUUCAGCACAGGCACCUCUUUAACGCUGCUUUGGGUACAGUGUUGUCACCCUAAAAGGGGAGCAGAGGCAUUAAUACUCCGGGGUUUGAGACCCUGCAUGCAUCCAGGCUGAGAAAAAUCUAAAAAAUCGCUGAUCUCUCAUAUUCUCCACCUCGGGGCUUUCGAACAGGAUUGAGUGUAGAUACAUAUAUUAAAAAAAAAAAAAAAAAUACAAAGCACACAAACCAGAGGAGCGAGCUGCUGAGAAGUCGCCGGAGAGGCAUGUGUGGAGGCGCAGCUACUAGAGAGGAGCGCACCAGGACGAUGAAGUCGUACCAGAAGCUGACGACGGCGGUGCCGCAGCCGGCGGCGUGCUGGGUGGAGGAGGAAGGGUCCGCCCCGACGCCUGCCGGCCGUCGGAAGCUGGCCCCAUGGUGGGUGGGCAGCGGGCUGCUGGUGGCCGCUGUGCUGCUGAGCACUGUCACCGUCUGGGUGCUGCGGCAAGUAUCGGGGGGCUGGCCCGGACCCACGCCACCCCCCAAAUGUCUCCUGAUACCCGAAAGCCACCGCUUUGACUGCUACCCGGAGCGGCACAUGGUGGUGACCCAGGAGCUCUGUGAAAGCCGGGGGUGCUGCUUCAUUGAGAGCCCCCUGCCAGCGGGGGGCAAGCAGGGGGUGCCCUGGUGCUUCUACCCCCCCGACUUCCCCAGCUACACCCUGGAGAGCCUCAACCAGACGGCACUGGGCAUGGUGGGGUUGCUGGUGCGGAGGGAGAAGGCCUAUUACCCCCGGGACAUCGAGAUGCUGAGGCUGGAUGUGGAGUUUGAGACGGACACGCGGCUGCACAUCAAGAUAACGGAUGCGGCCAACCCACGGUACGAGGUUCCCUUCGAGGUUCCCCCAGUGAUGAAGAGAGCAGAAAACCCCAUCUACAGCCUGGACUUCUCCCGAAACCCCUUUGGGGUGCUGCUGCGGCGCAAGGCGACGGGGACAGUGCUGCUCAACACCACCGUGGCCCCCUUGAUCUUCGCUGACCAGUUUCUCCAGAUAUCCACAUUGCUCCCGUCCAAGUUCCUCUACGGGCUGGGGGAGCACCGUGGCACCCUCCUGCACAGCCUGGACUGGAGCACCCUCACGCUGUGGGCCCGCGACGUCCCUCCCACGGAAUCCUUCAACCUGUACGGCGCUCACCCCUUCUGCCUGGUGAUGGAGGAGGGUGGAGAUGCUCACGGGGUUUUCCUCCUCAACAGCAACGCGAUGGAGGUGGUCCUGCAGCCUGCUCCAGGUCUGACCUGGAGGACCAUCGGGGGGGUGCUGGAUUUUUACAUCUUCCUGGGGCCUGAUCCCAACAUGGUCAUCCAGCAGUACCAGCAGGUGAUAGGCUUCCCGGCCAUGCCGCCGCUCUGGGCGCUCGGCUUCCACCUCUGCCGCUGGGGCUACCGAUCCAGCAACGAGACGUGGCAGACCGUGAGAGCCAUGAGGAACUACCAGAUCCCCCAGGAUGCGCAGUGGAAUGACAUCGAUUACAUGGACGGGUACCGGGACUUCACCUUCGAUCCCCAGAAAUUUGCCUCCCUCCCCUCGCUGGUGGAAGACCUCCACAAACACAGGCAGCGCUACGUUAUGAUCUUGGAUCCCGGCAUCAGCAGCACCAAUCCUCGCGGUUCCUACUGGCCUUUCGAUGAAGGCUUGAGACGGGGCUUGUUCCUCAACACCACCCAAGGGCAGCCGCUCAUUGGGCAGGUCUGGCCCGGCUUCACUGCCUUUGCAGACUUCUCUAACCCAGACACGCACCAGUGGUGGCUGGAGAACCUGCAGCACUUCCAUGCCCAUGUGCCUUUCGAUGGCCUCUGGAUCGACAUGAAUGAACCAUCUAACUUCAUGGAUGGGUCUGAAGACGGCUGCCCGCCGGGAGAGCUCGACAGCCCACCCUACACGCCAGCCGUGCUGGGCGAUUCCCUCUCUGCAAAGACGGUGUGUGCCUCGGCGAAGCAGAGAGCCUCGGUGCACUACAACCUCCACAACCUCUACGGGCUGAUGGAAGCCAAAGCCACGGCGAGCGCCUUGAUCCAGAUCCGGGGCAAGCGUCCCCUCGUCAUCUCCCGCUCCACCUUCCCCAGCCAGGGCCGGUACUCGGGCCACUGGCUGGGCGACAACCGGAGCCAAUGGAAGGACAUGUAUUACUCCAUCCCAGGGCUGCUGAGCUUCAGCCUCUUCAGCAUCCCGCUGGUCGGGGCGGACAUCUGCGGCUUCUCCGGCAGCACCUCGGAGGAGCUGUGCACCCGCUGGAUGCAGCUCGGCGCCUUCUACCCCUUUGCUCGCAACCACAACACCCAGAACGAGAAGGCCCAGGACCCAACGGUGUUCAGCCCUGCGGCGAGGACGGCCAUGAAGGACGUGCUGCUGAUCCGCUACUCCCUCCUGCCCUUCCUCUACACCCUUUUCCACCGUGCCCACCUGCAAGGGGACACCGUCGCCCGGCCCUUGUUCUUUGAGUUCCCCCGGGACGUGGCCACCUUGGGGCUGGACAGGCAGUUCCUGUGGGGCCGUAGCCUGCUGGUGACACCGGUGCUGGAGCCCGGGGUGGACUCAGUCACGGGCUACUUCCCCCGAGGCGUGUGGUACGACUUCUACACGGGCUCCUCAGUGAACAGCAGCGGAGAGAUGCUGAAGAUGUCAGCCCCCCUGGAGCACCUCAACCUGCAUGUCCGGGAGGGUGCCAUCCUGCCCACCCAGAAACCGGGGACCACCAGCGAGGCGACCCGAGGGAAUCCCCUGCGCCUCAUCGUGGCUUUGUCCCAGGGUGCCACCGCGUGGGGGGACCUCUUCUGGGACGAUGGCGAGAGCCUGGACACCUUCGAGCGGGGCAGCUACUCCUACCUGGUGUUCAACGUCACGCAGAACAUCUUCACCUCCACUGUCCUCCACGCCAGCGCCGAGGCCACCGAGGUCACCAUUGGCACACUGAGCAUCUUUGGGGUGCGGAAGCCACCCAGCAAGGUCCUCCUGAACGGCCAGGAGAAGCCCUUUUCCUACCUGGACAAUGAGGUUCUCACCGUCAGCGACCUUGGCCUCAGCCUCAGCCAGGGCUUCUCCCUGCAGUGGCUGUGAGCGGGGGGGCUGCGGGGUGACCCCCACCACGCCGAGACCACCCAUCCGGGGGAUGCUCGAUGCUCCAGCCCCCGAGGCCGGGAUGCCACCGCGGAGGAGGCGGUGGGGACCGUCACCUGCCGCCAUGCGGCCCCCCCCUCCAGCACGGCUGGGGACGGGGCGGGGGGGGGGCGUGGGGUGGGGGGCUUGGCCC